UUCGUUUGAUAAAUUCAAGAUAAAGUGGAAAACACUUGCCUACUCUUAUUAUUUUCAUAUCCUGGCUAGCUACCAUGUCAUGUGACAUGGCCAAAUGUCAUUUUGAAGAGACAUACAAGAAAUUACAUUUCAGAGACAAGUAGUAAUUUAAUUUUGAUGAUACAUAAAGUAACCACGAACAAACGAUAUAUCUGACAUCCCGUAAUUUUACAAUUUCUUCCGACACUUCUUUCCGAUUCUUCAGUUGUAUAACGAUCGAUCGACACGCGCACGCGAUACUUUAUCAUUUCGGUCGUAACAAGCAGAAGCAAAUCAUGCUGGUGAAUAUACUUCGAGAAUACAAUAUCAAUAGAAAAUUUUUAUCGUGCCUAGGUUUUUGGCCAUUCCAACGUAAGCUCGCGAGAUAUUCAUUGCCAAUAUUCUGCUUUGUACUCGAAUUAAGUUACUUGCCAUUCGAGAUCAUAACAUUGUACAUGCAUAGACGCAGUAAACAAAUGAUUUUUGAAUGUCUGUAUCAAAUGACUGUAACAAUAGCUUUUCUUGUAAAAUUAGUAAAUCAGCUUUGGAACCGCAGCAAGUUUCAGCGUUUAUACGAAACCAUGGAAAAUCACUGGAACAUAUUUACGAAUGAUUUCGAGGUUCAAAUUAUGAAAAAUUAUUCUGGUAUAUCACAGAAAUUUACAAUAUCUUAUUCCAUCUUGAUAUAUGUUAUGUCGACAAUGUUUAUCACAAUACCUUCAUUAGGACCGAUAUUUCUCGAUAUCGUGCUACCUCUUAAUGAAUCGCGUCCGCGACAUUUAGCACUAUACGCCGAAUAUGGAAUAGAUCAAAAUAAGUACUUUGUAGGAAUAUUUUUAUACACCACUAUCAUGAUCAUGGUGGGCCUGACCAUCAUGGUGGCUGUUGAUACUAUGCAUAUUGCAUGCACCGCGCACGCAUGUAGCUUAUUCCAAGUUAUCGGUCACCAAAUUGAGAACGUAUCAAAUAUGCGUGAAGUCGACCAGACUGGAUAUCGUGCGAAUACGGAGUAUAAAUUGUUCAACGAGAAAGUGAUAUAUCGAGAAUAUAUUUUGUGUUUGAAAAAACAUCAACUUGCUAUAGAGUAUGUUGAUAUAUUAAAUGAUACACAUAAGAUUGUGGGAAUUAGCUUUUCAUUAAUCAUCGGCAUGAUUUUCAGUCUGCUUGGAAUUCGCAUCGUCUAUGUGUUAGAUCAAGUGGAAGAAAUAAUUAGGUUUUUCUUUAUAAUCACGGGAGCAUUGAUACAACUGAUGAUCGUGUGUUAUUCCGGCCAGAAAUUAAUGGACGAAAGUCAAAAUAUAUUCCAUCGAGCAUAUGCAGCGGAAUGGUAUAAGUUCUCACCGAGAUUAAAGUCAUUGUUAAUUAUAAUUCUUUAUAGAAGUGUUGUUCCGUGCAAAUUGACAGCAGGUAAUUUGUUUCCGUUGUCGAUGGUAAUCUUCGCCACGGUGAUACGAACGGGUAUAUCUUAUUUCACGGCAUUCUUAUCGUUUAAAGAUUGAUUAAACAUGAAACAUAAAUGUCUAGUGACUGCUUCACCGAUAUGUCUUCUAUUCGAACGUCAACAAACUAUAGAUAAAAAUGUAAAAAUUCGCAUACUGUAUUUAAUUAAAAGCAGGAAGCUUAUAAAAGCAAUGAAAGAUUAAUUCGAUAACGACUAAUGGCAAUAAUUUUAUUCGUCG